UUUCCAUAUCAUCGUGAACAAGCCAGGAAGUCGAGAAGGGAAGUGGUCAGGUUGCGUCAUCGGUGAAUUCAGCUUCACUUCGCAAACUUAAGGUGAAAGCUUAAAAUGUCCUAAAAAUAAAUCUGGGAGGAGCAAAAACCUGCAAGAAGUCAGCACAGAGGCGCACAGGAGGAAAUGGAGGACUCGGUGAAGACAAGUUUAUAAAAUGUUCAAGGUUUUAGUUUUGAAAUUUUGAAAAGAAGAUUUGGGGAAUAUUUAAAAAGCAAAAAUGAGACGAGUUCGAAGGAAAGGAGCGAACAAGGAGAAAGUGUUUGGCUGUGAUUUGAUGGAGCACCUCACGGCCACCAACCAAGAGAUCCCUGUGGUGCUGAGGAGCUGCAGUGAGUUUGUGGAGAGUCAUGGCAUCGUGGACGGGAUCUACAGAUUGUCAGGGGUCUCCUCCAACAUACAGAAGCUCAGGUCGGAGUUUGAGAGUGAGUCCUCUCCGGACAUGAAUAAAGACACUUAUCUCCAGGACAUCCACUGUGUGAGCUCUCUGUGUAAGGCCUACUUCAGAGAACUGCCCAACCCCCUGCUCACCUACCAGCUCUACGACAAGUUCGCCGAGGCUGUGGCGCUCCAGCUGGAGGAGGCGAGACUGGUGAAGAUCAGAGACGUGCUCAAAGAACUGCCCCCUCCUCACUACAGGACAUUGGAGUUCUUGAUGCGUCACUUGGUUCGAGUGGCUUCUUUCGCCUCAGAGACAAACAUGCACUCGAGAAACCUGGCCAUCGUCUGGGCCCCGAACCUGCUCCGGUCGAAGGAGAUCGAGGUGUCUGGGUUUAACGGCACAGCGGCGUUCAUGGAGGUCCGGGUCCAGUCCAUCGUAGUGGAGUUCAUCCUCACCCACGUCCCUCAGCUGUUUCCUGAACCAGGUGUGUCGACUGAGAGAAGGAAGUCCCUCCCCUCUCCAUCUCUCCUGGUCAAUCAGGAUGAGCUGUUCUUCAAGUCACAACCGACGGUGAACAUCGGCAACCUGAGUCCUGGAGACGGUCCUCUGCCCAUACGACCCUAUCACUCAAUCAUCGAGGGCACUGACAAGAGGAAAGGGUCUCUGAAGGGCAGGAAGUGGAUGUCCAUUUUUAACAUCGGAGGACGAAUAACCGAGACUCGAAGAAAACACAAACACUCCACAAAAGAAAAAGAACAUCCCACCUUGAGGUCGGCGCGAAGUAUGGACUCUCUCAGCUCUCCCUCCAAUAACGACCCCAAACGCUCCCCACGGCCUCCCUCCACUCACCUCUCCAUCCCCCAACCACAGCCAAUGGCCCAGCCCGACCCCGCCCCCUCCUCCUCACCGCAGGGAGGCAGCAUGUACGCCGUCACCUACCGCAGGGGCACCGGGCUGGUCAGUACCGGGACUCAGGGCACCUACACAGCCUUAGAUCCUGAAGGACUAACACCUCCUUCAGAAGCCGUCCAGACCAGAUCUCCAGGACUCUCGACCAAAGCAGGACGCAGGAUCGCCAUGCACAUAACGGGCCCGACCAUGGUCACUGUCCCUCUGCACAUCACUUCAAAUUUGGCGUUCGGAGUUCUGCAAGGAGGAGGGGCUGAUCGGGUUAUACACAGAGGGAGGGACAGGGAGCAAGGAGAUGUAAAAAGUGAAAGGAAAGGAAGCGAGGUGGAGAAAAAGGAGGAAGAGGACGAGGAAGUGGAUGGAAAGACUGGAUUGGAAAAUAGUGAGGAUGGAGGAGAGAAAGAGGAGAGAGAGAAAAAGGAGAGAGGAGGAAAGGAUGGAGAGGAGAUGGAGAGAAGACAGCGUCAGUGGGAAGAGGAGCCAACGAUCACAAAAAGAACAAAAAGUGAAGCAUCAAACUCAGAAGAACAAGAGAAAGAUGAAAACCAAGAUGAUGAAUACAUGGAUAUGAAGGGGGGGACGAAAGGACAUCACCACCACCAUCACGAUGAACCAAAACCAGACGCUGCAGAAGCCUCCGCGUUUGAUCCAGAAGAGGUUUUAAACUCUACAGAAGUGGACGACCUCACUCUGUCUGGAUACGUGCAGGACAACUUUGAAUUCCUGGACCAGAUGGACUGCAGCAUCAUGGACUGCAGCGUGUCCAACCAGAUUAAUGAAUUUUCCGUGGAGCCUCCGGGACACUAUGACGAAGAGUACGAAACCAUGGACCAAUCACAUCACAGUCCUAUGCCGUUAAGCCCUUCCCUUCUUGCCACAGUCUCUCCCACUUCCCCCGUAGCCCCUCCCACACACAUGAGCCCGCCCCGUCACCUCACGACAGACCUUUACCAUCGCCACACCAAAUCCCUGAGCCUGCCCUACAUCACCUCACCGGGCCCGUGUCCAGAUGGGUGCAGCUCCGAAGACGACGAUAUGAGCGACGAUCAGGAAUAUGUCAGCAGUAGUGAUGAAGAAGACGACGAUGAUGAAAAUAUGUUUGUGAAAAGUUUACCGUCUGAUUUCUUUCUAAAUAAUUUGACAAAUACGGAAAUACAACUUGAGGAGGACGGAAAAUUAGAUGGUGCAAUCUUGGAGGAUACAGAGCAAAAUGUAAUGGUUGGAGAAGCUUCACAAAGUAUUCAAGAUCAGAUUUUGGUUAAAAGGGAGGAUGAAAAUACAUUUGGGAAAAAUGAAGAGUCUGAUUUAUUUCUAAAUAACUUGACAAAUACAGAAAUACAACUCAAGGAGGACCAAAAAUUAGAUGGUGCAAGCUUGGAAGAUAUAGAGCAAAAUGUAUUGGUUGGAGAAACUUCACGAAGUAUUCAAGAUGAGAUUUUGGUCCAAGAAGAUGAUGGGAAUAUGUUUGUGAAAAGUUUACCUUGUGAUUUCUUUCUAAAUGAUUUGACAAACACGGAAAUACAAGGCCAGAACUUAGCUGAUGCAAACUUGGAAGAUACACAACAAAAGGUAUCGGAAGCUUCAAAAAGUCUUCAAGAUGAGAUUUUGGUCAAAGAAAUUGACGAAAACAUCUUAUCAUCCAAUAUCUUUCUAGAUAAUUUGCCAAAUACGGAAAUGCAACUCGAGGAUGACCAAAAAGAUGAGAUUUUCGUGGAGGAGGAAAUCAAAAAUCAAACUCAUGAAUCAACAGAUGAGGACUUGCACGAUAUAGGAAGUGAAACUGUAGUGAUCCACAAAGAUGAACUGGAGUCAACUGAAAAACAUGCAGAAUUUGAGGAAAGAAACCAAGACAGACAGAGUUCAAAAAAUACAAAGGACAAAACAGGAAAUGUAAUUCAAGAGGCGCUAUAUCAAACUCAUGAACCAGCGAAUGAGGACUUGCAGGCUGAAAGUGAAAGUGUGGUAAUGCAGGAAGACACAAUGGAUGGUUCAGAUAAAUUAGAAGAUUUGGAAAUGCAGUGUAAACAGGAAGUGGUUGCAAAUGAAGAGAAAACACAGGAACAAGACCAUUUUCAGGAAAUAGAUGCAAGAGUUACAAGCAUUGAACCAGCAGAUAGCAGCACAGAGGAACCCACUCCUGUUGAUGAAGGCAUUGACCAAGUGGACCACGUACUUUACCAGCAAAUGGAGCGCGCAGAUGAGAAGCACAUUACCUUUUACAAUCCACUGUUUCAGGAAGAAGAGGAAAUCACAGGCGGCCAUUUUGAGCCAGCGAAACAGGAAGUUUGUCAAGAUACAGAACAAAUAGUACCACCUGAACUGGACGGUGGUGACAGUGUUGUAAAUAUGCUACAAGAACAAUCUGAUGAUGAAGAUAUUUUUGACAAUGAAAUUGGAAAACAAGAAACUAUUGAAAAGCUUGAUAAUAUUUUGGUUAUAAUGGAGGAAAUGAUUAGCGGUAGAAGUGAAGUGAUUGAGGAUAUAGAAACACAAGCAAAAGACAUAGAAAAGGCAACGGAUAAUGGCGAGACCAAAGGUGUAUUGGAUUCAGGUGUAAAUAGUGCUGAAAAUGAGACAAUUGUUAUGCGAAAGGACAAAUCUGAAGCAAAUAUCAAACUUGAAGAUGGACAUUUUGAAGCGCAAAGUCACCAAGACAUAGUAGAAAAAACUGGCGAAACACCACAAAAUGUAUCUCAAACCGAAAAACCUCUGGACAAGGAACUCCAUUCUGUGCAAAGCGUCGGAAGCAAAGUUGUAACCUCAAAAUUACCAAAAGUUUAUCAAGUGAAAGCAGUACCGAUCGUCCCGCCGAAACCGCAGCACUGCAAGCUGACGGCCCUAAAGCUACGCCAACAACAGCAGCAAAGGGAAAGGGCCCGAGAGGAGAGGUUGAGCCACGGAGCGGAGGUGGAGGAGCAUUUAAAUAUGGCGUCAAGGGCGGGGGCGGAGAGGUGGAGAGAGGGGGAGGAGAACGCCAGACACAGCCCCCAGAGCAUGUGCUUCGACGAGGCUGUGGCCAUCGCGACCCUACGGAGAGGCAGAGGGAGGGACGGCGAGAGAGACAGGCCGAAAGAGUAGAAGAAGAAAUGUACAAACUGUUUUCAUUUGAUACUUGGCACUGAUGCUGGGGGGUUCGGCAUGUGUGUCUAUGGUGGAUAAUUCAGCAGAUACUAUGGUUAGGAAACACUGCCAGAAAAGUUUUAAGAUUGUCUGAAAACUUGAGGGAACAUUUUCAGGAGCCUGUGAUCAAUACCAGCAUUCAUAGUUGUUUUAUUUUCAACAAACAGUGAAAGUGACUAACUGAAAAACUGUUGGCAUGUGACUGUGACAUUAUUUGAAGUCUUGUUUAACAGCACAAACCAGCUGUAGUUCCAGCUAAAUCAGUUUUCAUGGUCAGAUUGUGUACAAAACAGACAAAGCUCAGAGUAAAGUCUAACUUGAGUAACGGGGAUUCAGACAGAGCAGUGCCCUCAGUUAGCUUCACCAUCCUCAGGGAGUGUUGAUGACAUCAGCUGCAAAGUAUCAAAAGCUAGUUUAGUUUAGUUUACUGAUGUAAAUUUAGGGGAGUGGGAGAAGAGUGGACUGAAGAAUUAAGAUAACAUUGGAUGGCGAAAGACUGCAAAAAUAUAAAGCUCUUCCACUUGUGUUAAAAUGAAAGAAUUUUGGUGACGUCAUCUGAUUGUCUCCAUGGAAAUUAGAUUAAUGCCAUAUAGUGAAAAAUCCAAAGCAAUAGCAUCGUCCUGGAGACAAGCAGGUGACCAUACGCUAGGGCAGGGGUGGGCAAUUAUUUUCCCAUGGGGGCCACAUCAGAAACGAAAAAUAUUCUGGAGGACCAGGUCAAAAUGUUUAACUCAAUUCUACAAAAUAUGAAUUGUAUUUCUUCAUAAAAAGCAGUAAAUAGCAUAGUUUUGGCAAGCUGGUUUAUGACAAGAGUUUAUGUUAUGACUAAACAAUGAAAAAGUGAGGUUGCUUUACAGAAAAUGGCAUAAAAAAACACCUCUAAAAUUAAAACAAUGCAGCUUUAGUCCAUGCAUGAGGUCUUAUGAUAAAAUAUGUUUAUUUUGUGAUUCAAAUGAGCUUAAACAGGAGCUGUACAAUGCCCAGGUCUAUGCUAGGGUGACCAGAUAUCCAUAUUUACACCAGGCAGUCCCAGUUUUGAGCCCUGUGUCCCCUGUCCCAGUAGAUUUAUCCAGAACCAAUGAUUUGUCCCAGUUUUAUACAAGAAAUGUCCCAGGUAGGGAUGUAACAAUAACCGAAAUAUUGUGAUAUUGUAUUGUCAAAAGUCUCACAAUAAUAUCAUGGACCAUCACAAUAUAUCGAAUUACAUCUUUGCUUAAAUUAAGAGUUAUGGUGCAGCAACAGCUAAAAAAAAAAAAAGACAGAACUACACAGACCAUGAUCCUUUGCUCCAUUACAGUGUAGACUACAAGAAGAAAUUCUUGAGCACUAUUACGUCUUAGUUCUUUGGAUUAAGUCAUGUUAAGGCAUUUUACGAUGAAAAAGUAGCAUAUUUAUAUAUAGUUUUGUUAGCCUCGACAAAAUAUCGUAAUAAAUAUCGUACUCUGAGAUGUAUAUCGUGAAAAUAUUGUACUGAGAGAUUUGGAUAUUGUUGCAUCGUGAGCCUCCCCACCAUAUCGUGAGAUUUCCCACGAUAUCGCAGAAGAUAUCGUACCGUGAGGUUCAUACUGUGAUGAUAUCGUAUCAUGAGACUUGGAUAUCGUUACACCCCUAGUCCCAGGUGUCCCUAUUUUUACCAAUUUGAUAUAUGCCAACAGUAAAAAAGAGGCAUAAAGUGUCAUUUGUUUCGGUAAAAUACAGAAAAGCUUAAAAACGACCAAACCACAAAGAAAAUGUGACUAUACUGGCUCACAUGUCAUGAAUGAGAUGAGUGCAGAACAGUUUUGCUUAAUUACGCCCUCGAUUCACAAUUUUAUUAUUACCAACUACCAAUCCCAGUUUUUGAUUUUGAAAAUUUGGUCACCCUACCAUACUCUGAUAAAGUUACACACUGCACCUUUAAGUUUAUUUGACACAUUAUUUUGAGUCAAGCCAAGUGUCAGAUAAAUAAGUCCGUAAAUAACAAAUAUUAGUCAGUCCACUUUUCUCCAACUGCCCACAAUGGAAAAGGUCUGCAUUUUUUUAUUACUAUGAUUAUGUUUUAUGAUCAGAACAUGUCAAUAUAUUUUUGUAUACUUGUUUGCACAUGGAAAUAUUGAAUAAAAUAUACACUUUUGUUAA